AUGACUCACAGUCAAGCCAAAGCGUCAUGUUUCGUCGUUACGAGUAUAUGGGUCGGAACAUGCUACGGAAUGUCGAUCAGUCAAAAAAAAAUUUCAUUGAGCGAAAACGCUUUUCGGCAAAUGCAUCCAUCGAGGGUCUUUGCAGAAAAGAACCUCGGUUUGCUUCGCUCCAGGGGCUACGAAGACGCCACAGGCUUGCAUGGUGCCUCCGAUGAUUCUUGUGAAACCAUUGAAAGAAUUUCAAGAAAGGACCACCUCAGUGAGGCGUACCAAAUGGGCCAGUAUUUGUUCGGCACUGUCGCCACACUGCUGUUUCUAAUUCCGGAUCGCACCAUGACAAAAAGGCUUGCGUCGAAAUUGGCGGGUGUCGCCGGUUUUGGGACAGCUGCCGGAACUUGUCACAUCCUGGCAUGUGCGAAUGAGCACAAUCGACUAGGUAGCGACACAUACAAACGCCUAAACAUUGGCCUGUUUGGCUUUUCUAUGAUUGGUUUAGCGUCAAUUCCGGGUGAAGCUGGCUUUUGUCGGAGCGCGGGAGCCGCUAUGAUAUUUUCGUCUUUCAUGGGUAUUGUACGCUUAUUCGCAACGGUAGUGUCGUUUAUGGGGUGGAAGCGUGGUAUCGAUCAGCGCGACGGGAUGAACUUAGUGACAUCCAAAAUGACGAAUGAGCUGUGGAAAGGUACCAAGAGAACCUUUGAAGGUCUCAAGGUGCAGCAUAAGAAAAAGGCUUUGACUUAUCGAAACAGUCUAAUUCUUGUACUGUUUGGUGUCUUCUCAAGUUUCAUGGAGGGGCUCUUCAAGUUGAGGUAUCGGAAAGCGCUCCGACUUAGCUGGUUCGACGUUAGUCUCCAGUGGUCCGCCAUUGCGCGUUUGUUUUUAAUUUCAACCAUGAUCUACUCAUUGAAAGAUGCGGCCGAACGGGAUCGAUUGACUGGUUCCACAUUCAUUGAGCUCAACAUCUUGGUCGGAUGCUGGGCCCUGCUCGUAGCGAUGGGUCAAUCCAUAUGGCAAAUCAAUUUUGUUGCUAGCCGGGGUGUGGAAUUCUUCGCUUUUUCUAUGCCGUUCUUCAUCAAGGCAAUCAAAUCGGUAAAUGAACGAAAUUCUCAUGCGCGGAUCUCCCCAACCUCCAAGUAGGCGUAUUAUGUUGACAAUGAGUAAAAGCGCAAUUAUUUAUAUUAAAAAAUACACAUUU